AUGACUCUCCAAGAUAUAGCUUCAUUGAAUAUAACUGAACAAGAACAUGAUCUCAUUACAGAAUCGUCUAAGAAUAGAUCUGGCAAAGUGAGGGUGAAGAAGCAUCAUUUGCCAACUGAAUCGAAGGAGAGGGUACAAAAUGAUCAGCUAGGAGAUAACCAAGUUAUUCCUAUGGACACUACUAGUGAUACUAGUGUCCCCAGUCAUGUAGGUUCUCAUUCUCGUAAGCGCAGACAGCGCUCAAAACAUCAUAAGAUCAGUUAUGCAGACAGUGAUAGUGAUACAUGUGAUCCCCAUUCUGCACAAACCACUAAACGCAGAAAACGGCCAAGACAUCAUAAAAAGAGACAGGGUCAUGGGAGUACUAGUAAUGUGACUGGUGAAAGGGACAAUGAGACAAUUGAGACUGAGGAGAACCAGGGUGGUAAUGGUAUUGAGAACCUAGUUGGUGAUCAUAAUAAGGACCAGGGUGAUGGCAAUGAUGAUCAGGGUGAUGGCAAUAAAAAUCAGCAUGGUUAUGGCAAUAAGGAUCAUGAUGAUGGUAAUGCGGAUCAGGGUGAUGGCAAUGAGGAUCAGGGUGAUGGCAAUGACAACCAGGAUGGUAAUGGCAAUGAGGACCAGGGUGAUGACAAUGAAAACCAGGAUGGUGAUGACAAUGAAGAUCAGGAUGAUGGCAAUGAAAACCAGGAUGGUGAUGGCAAUGAAGAUCAGGAUGAUGGCAAUGAAAACCAGGAUGGUGAUGGCAAUGAAAACCAGGAUGGUGAUGGCAAUGAAGAUCAGGGUGAUGACAAUGAAAAUCAGUAUGAUGGUAAUGAAAACCAGGAUGGUGAUGGUAAUGAAAAUGAGGAUGGUGAUGGCAAUGAUCAAGGUGAUGGCAAUGACGAUCAGGAUGAUGGAAAUGAUGAUGGCAGAGAGAAUCAGGGUGGUGAUGAAAGUGACCUUUAUAGUAGUGAUGAUGAUGGUGAAAAUGGGGUAGUACCUCCUAAUCUUGACAGUGGCAUGGACACUACAUCAGGUGAAGAGAUGGACUCUGAUGAUGAUGACAGGAACAGCACACAUCAUCGCAUUCAUGCUCACACACAAAUAGAAACAACCUGGCCAAGUGACUCAGAGUAUAUUGAACCUACAUGUGUUUCUAAUGAUGAAGAUGAUGACAAUGUUGCUGAUAGUGAUGGUUGA